AGAAAGGCAGAGGCUUCGAAAAUCAUGCAGAAGUAUCCGGACAGACUACCAGUGAUUGUGGAGAAGGCCAUAAAGAGUGACAUUCCUAACAUUGACAAGAAUAAAUACCUUGUCCCUGCUGAUACUACUGUUGGACACUUAACAUCUGUUGUUCGCAAGAGGAUGAACAUCAGUGCAGAAAAGGCUAUAUUUAUCUUUGUCAAGAACGUAUUACCUCCCACAGCUGCCUUGAUGUCUGCAAUCUAUGAAGAAAACAAGGAUGAUGAUGGAUUCCUUUACAUGACUUACAGUGGAGAGAAUGUUUUUGGAUCUCUUUGAGAAGAAAGAGCAAAUGUGAGAACUUUAACAUGUAGAUUCUGGACAGCCGGAGGCAACAAUCUGCCUAUCUACUAUAGUUCAAAAUUUUUAUGACAUCCCUUAGAAUUGGUUUACCAAAUGUUAUUUAU